AUGAACUCCAAGUUCGCAGGACUGUUUGUGCCGUCUCGCUCGCGCUACUACUCGCAAUGCGUUCCCGGCACUGUCACCUCGACCACGUCCGCUGCCCCUACCACCACAACCUCCGCCACACGCACAACCUCGACCACGACCUCCGUCACGCGCACAACAUCGACUUCUAUCGCCUCCACCUCGACCACUGUGUCAAGCUCGACUUCCACCGCCUCGACGCCCACCGCGUCAUGCGCGACCCCGCCCCCCUCUGCUGGCAAGCUGCGCUACGCCGGCGUGAACAUCGCCGGCUUCGACUUCGGCUGCGGCGCGGACGGAACGUGCAACCCCACGGGCGCGUACCCGCCCCUCACGCAGUACUACGUCUUCCGGCUCCCCGUCGGCUGGCAGUUCCUCACGAACGGCGUCCAGGGCGGCUACGACACGCUGAUGCAGGCGUGCCUCGACACGGGCGCGACCUGCAUCGUGGACUUGCACAACUACGCGCGGUGGAACGGGAAGAUCAUCGGCCAGGGCGGCCCCGGGAACGACGACCUCGCCGCGAUCUGGUCGAGCAUCGCGUCGCGGUACGCGGACAACGACAAGGUCAUCUUCGGGAUGAACGAGCCGCACGACGUGCCGGACAUCACGCUCUGGGCGGCGAGUGUGCAGGCGGCGGUGACCGCGAUCCGCAAGGUGGGCGCGACGACCCAGCUCAUCCUCCUCCCGGGCAACAACUGGACGUCCGCGGAGACGUUCGUCUCCAACGGCUCCGCGGACGCGCUGUCCAAAGUCAAGAACCCGGACGGGAGCAUUGACGGGCUCAUCUUCGACGUGCACAAGUACCUCGACUACGACAACUCGGGCACGAACGCGGAGUGCACGACGAACAACAUCAACAACGCGUGGGCGCCGCUCGCGGCGUGGCUCCGCUGCAACGGCCGCCAGGCGUUCAACACCGAGACCGGCGGGGGCAACGUCGCCUCGUGCGAGACGUACAUGUGCCAGCAGAUCGCGUUCCAGGCCGCCAACUCCGAUGUGUUCCUGGGCUACGUCGGCUGGGCGGCGGGUAACUUCUACACCGGCUACGUCCUCGGGGAAAACCCGGUGGACAAUGGCGACGGGACGUGGACGGACACGCCGCUCGUCUCGGCGUGCAUGGCGCCCAGCUCGAACAAGCUGGUUGCGUAG